CACAUGAAAGCAGAAGGGAUACAAUCUCAUUCUCAUUAUCUCUAACCCUCUUAUUUAUUUAUUUUGGAGAAAAUAAAGUUACUCUGAUUCUUCUUGUCUGCCUAAGAACAGAAAUGCUGGGUUACAGUACAAGAAUGAUGCUUUGUCUUCUUGUCUGCAUAGGAUUACUAUCAGACAACAGAUAUAAGGUCUCAGCCUUGGGAAAUAGAGCGUUUUUCCUCAGGCAAAUACAAGGAGAAGAAGCUGGAGUUGUUGAGCCAGGUGAAAUUGCUAAGCUAAGGAGCAUUGAUAUUCAUUCUAGGGACAACCGUGAAGGUCAAGGAAUGCUCAGUGGAAACCGACGCAUUCUUGAGGAGGUUAACAAGAAUAAAGUUAGAUCUGAGAAGAUACAACAAGCACAAAAGGAUCAGACAAAGGACUCGUUCCAAUCAAACAAGAGACGUGUAAGACGAGGAUCAGAUCCUAUCCACAACAAAUCCCAGCCACUUUCUUGAGUGGAAGUGUGGCACAACAACAAUCAAAUACAGAAAAGGGAAAAUACUAUAGAAAUGCAAGAAGAAGAAAAGAAAAGCGCAACGAUCAAAUCUUAUCAAGCUGGAGGUAGGUUAGUUGGUUUUUUACUUCGGUUUUGUUUUCGAGUAUAGGUUUGAUAAAUACACAGAACAUUGGCUGCUGAAGGACAGCACUGUCUGUUCAGAUACACCAGUCACCAGGAGAAUACAUAUUUGUUUUUCAAUACAUUUUCUUUUGACUAAGUGUUCACUCUUUUGUUUGCAUUAGUUCUAAGUUACUUGAUAACUUUUGUUCUGUUCUGCA